UUGUCAUUAAAAAAAGAAAAUGUAACGAUGACCUUAAAAAAACAUUUAUGAUAAUGAUUGCUACACAGGGCAUAGACACUCCACAGCUAUAAUUAUAAAUCCACUCAUCUCUUUCUUUACUUACUGUGCCCAAGUCAUUUCACAAUCCACAUACAUACAUAUAAAGAUGGAUAGAGUUCGACUUCACAUUGAAACAAACAUAGCAAUUAACUAGUAUUUACAAAUUGAAUGUAAAUUCAUGAUCAUACUUGGAACAAAAAGUUGGAAAAAAAAAUGAACAAUCAAACCAAACCUGCAAACUGAAGAAGGCAGACAAGAAUCAAAUAUUUUUUUUUUCUGUAAGGACAGACAAAUUAACUCAUCUCAUUCUUUACUUACUGUGCCCAAGUCAUUUCACAAUCCACAUACAUAUAAAGAUAGAUAGAGUCCGACUUCACAUUAAAACAGGCAUAUAUCUACAGUAUAUUUACAAAUUGAAUAGAAAUUCAUGAUCAUACUUGCAACAAGAAGUUGGAAAAAAUUGAACAAUCAAACCAAACGUGCAAAUCGAAGAAGGCAGACAAGAAUCAAAUUUUUUUUUUUUUCAAGGACAGACAAGAAUCAAUUGAAUAUAACAAAAAAAAAAGUAGGAAAAAAGGAAGCAAUAAACCCAAGACAAAAUCAAAUACCUUGAUUACGAUAAUGCCUUUUGUUUUCUCUUUGUCUUUUUCGUUUUUCUUUCCUUUUCUUGUUUCCAGCCAUGGUUGAUCUUCUUGAACAGCUUUCUUCUUUUACUAUUUUACUUGUACUGUCUUUUUUAUUACUCUUGAUUUUAUUUUUUUGAAUUUAUAAUAGUAUUGGGCAAAAGUGACCGUUAGUCAUUUUUUUAAUUCUUCUUGGUGGACUCGGCCCAAUUUAUGAGCUAAAUAUUAUAAAAGUGGGCUGGGCUUUGAGGCUGGGUCUAUAUACUGCUCCGGACAGAUACCCAAAUCAUCGUCAUCACCAAAAACCAAACCUAAUAUUCCAAUAGCCAUGAAAUCUCAGGCUCCACCUUCACAACCAUCAUCUCCGUACCAUUCCUAUGCCUCCGGGAGAACCGAUUCGAAUGUUAUCGACAUUGUCGCGGCGCUUGAGUAUCUUCAUUUUAAUAGUCUGAAGAGUGAAGAGUGUGUUACCCUGGAUAGGCUUGCUCCUUCUGUUGACCCAUCAUUGGCUAUCAAGUUCUAUGAGAGAACUCCUAAACAACAGGCAUUACUGGGCUACCUUGCGAAUCCAUCACAAUUGGAAAAGCAUGCUGGCGAAGCUCCUGCUGAAGGAACAAACAAUGGCGUUGCUAAUGAAACUAUAGAACCACAUGGAUCAGUUGGGGCAAGAGCUGGUCGUCGAGCCAUUGCUCAGUGUGCUGGUACACAGAUCUCUGAUGCUUUGUUUCGGUACUCUGCACCAGAAGAGGUGAUGACAUUUCCAUCAACAUGUGGAACCUGUGCUGCCAGUUGCGGAACCCAGAUGUUUGUAACCAAGAUCCCAUACUUUCAAGAAGUAAUUGUCAUGGCAUCUACUUGCGACGCUUGUGGUUACCGCAAUUCUGAGUUGAAGGCUGGUGGUUGUAUUCCUGCAAAAGGGAAGAAAGUUAUAGUUUCUGUGAAAAACAUUAAAGAUCUAAGCCGUGAUGUAAUUAAGGCAUGCUACACUAUUAGCUACUGGUGGAGCUUGAGUACUCUCCGGAUUGAGAUAUCAACUCUGUUUUCUCAGCAUGUGUAAUUGGUUCAAUAUAGCAUCUUAUGGUGGACUGGUCAGUGUCAGAGAUAUUUAUCAGCCUGUGAUGCUUUUAAAACAGUUAUUUCAAGGAUCUCUUUGCUUGAAUAUCAUGUGGGACACAAAUUAAGUACAUGGCUAUUCUUUUAUCUGGAUCUGCUUGACCUGCAAAAAAUUUCAAAUCCGCAUUUCAAACUCCAAAAGUCCAAAUAUUCUUCUUUUGAGUUUUAGUAGAAUGAGGACCUUUCACCAGCUUUUAUUUUGUAUUUUAGACUUUUUGGGCAAGAGACUUGACGGUUGUGGUUUUAGUUUUCCUGGGAUGUUAUUUUAAUCUUUUGUGGAUCAGCAUGUAAAGUUUUCAUUGUAAUUUGUUCUUAAACUUAUUUGAAAACAUAUUCAAGAAAAGAUGAAUUCGCUCUUAAAUGUUGA